AUGGUUUCUUCUCCACCACUUGCUCCCACCUUACGAAUUCCAGAUAUUCCUGAUUCUGUUCACCCACCCAUUCCAGGGGAGAGUCACCGUUAUUACGGCAAUAUCCAUAAAAAACAGGUAAAACUCCCCUCUAAUACCAACACUCAGACUUCUCGUGCUUCUCGAAAUGACAUUGAUGGUUCUGUGGAAAAUGACACGACUAUUCAUGAAGCAACUGCCGCUGGGAAUAUGGAUAGAGUUAAGGAAUUGCUAGAUCCUCGUGGUUCCGGUGAAACUACCUCCUCUUUCUUACUUGCUAACGAAGCAAGCUCAUCUUCCGGUUUAACUCCACUACACUAUGCUGCCUCGCGUGGCCACCUAGAAAUUGUAAAGUGGUUAAUUGCCGAUGCUGGUGCUAUUGUAGAUCUUGAAGACCAGACCGGUGAGACAGCUCUUCUGAAAGCUUCUUACAAUGGACAUGCAGCUGUUGUGGAUUUGCUUUUGCAAAAGACAGCCAAUGUUGAUCAAAAGGAUAGCGAUGGAUGGACUGCUUUACAUAAUGCUUCUGCUCAAGGUUACUUGCCGAUUGUUAAACAUUUACUAGAGAAUGCUAAUGCCGAUGUGGAUGUUAAAAGCAACAAAGGGCAUACUCCAUUAAUGAAUGCUGCGUCAAAGGGGCAUGUUGAUAUCGUCGAAUAUCUCUUAGAUCGUGGUGGUGCAAACCCACUUAUUAAAAAUAGUUUUGGAGAAACAGCAUAUGAUGCAGCUGCUACCUCCCAAGAAGUAUAUAUUUGUGAAUUGCUAGAAAAAGCUGAACGUGAAUGGUGGAAGGGUAAAAAACCAGUGCCGGAAGCGUCCUCCUUAAACGACCUUAUGCAUAUACCGGAUACGAAUCAACCAUAUGAUCCUUAUACAUUUCACAUUACAGUACCCGUUGUUCUCCAUGAAAAUCAACGAUCAUCAGGUUCUUUUGGCCUAUCUAUUCGUGGCCCUUCAAAAUAUUCGGCUAAUAGCCUUUUGAAAAGUGAUGUUCGUGGUCCUUGGUCCCAUCAUCCUAGCGGGAGACCUCAAUAUAAGGAAAGUGUUCAACUUCCAUCGGGGAUAUCAUCGUCUAUUUCGAUUAUUUCAAAUACAACUUUGUCAAAGCCUUCUCAAAGACCUUGGUUUUGGGUCACAGAUUGGCAGAUUGAUUUUACUCAUCCGCGUGUAGACUCACAAGGGUGGCAGUACUCUAAAAGUUUUGAUGAUCCUGACGUAGUAUGGACUGCAACACCACAAUCAAACAGUAGUGGUUGGGUCCGAAGGAGGAGAUGGGUGCGUGUUAUGAAACGUCGUAUGGAUCUCACUGAAAGUGGAUUACAGUUUGUUUCAAACAGUGAAAAUGAUACUCCGGAUUAUAUUGAGAAAGCUGAAUCUAUUGUUAAAAAAAAUUCCGAUAAUAGUAGUAAAGGAAAGGCCGUUGAUCUUUCAUUCACUGAACAGUUAACAAGGUAUAAAGAAGCGAUCGAAAUUUUAUCAUCAGGAAUUAAAACCGAUCAAAACGUACAACGAAAACAAGAAGCUAUAUCACUAGUUAGCAGCUUUAUGCAACAUGCCGAAUAUUUGGAAAAUAUGGUAAAGGGAAUUGAUGUUACUCCACGAAGUCCAAGUCUUCAUGAUGUCCCAAUAACUCCAAAUUUGUCAAAGUCCCCAUCUCCCACUCCAACACCAUUUCGGUCAGAUAUAUUACCAAAGUCUCCGAAAACAGCUGAUACGGGUAUCAUUACCAAUCUUCGAGCGCCAUCAACUGCAAGCUUUGAAACGAUUGAGAAUCCUUGGACCAAUGCUGUUCAAAGUGAAGAUGUUGGUAUUACUCAACCAUCGAUUUACGAGAAUCAGAUUGUGUCCUCCGCCAGAGCACAUCCUCAAACAAGUGUCAACAUGACAAAUGUCCCUGGACAUUCUAUAUCUUCGGGUUACAAGUGGGAAAAUGAUGAAGAUGUAAAUGAGUGUCGCCGUUGUAGAGUUAGGUUUAGUAUGUUUGUUAGAAAACAUCAUUGCAGGCGAUGCGGGCAAGUAGUAUGCGCUAAAUGUUCCAGUGCACGAGUUCAUUUGCCACCUCAACAGGUUCUCCAUAAUCCUUCUGGAAAUGGUGAAGCCAGCCAAACUUCUCAGUACCAUCGCGUGUGUAGCACGUGUCAUACUUCAAUGGGCCAUACUAUACGCCCACGGUCGAAUAGCUUCACAUCAACUACAUUAACUGGAGGUGCAUCAUCUGUUAGUAACAGCAGACGUAUGAGUAAUAGUUCAACAAUGACUGAAUGCCCUGCUUGUAGCAUAUCGUUAAACAAAGUUGGAGGAAAACCUGCCCAAGAAGAACACGUCCGGAACUGUUUAGAAAACAAGAAUGGAAAUAGCGUUAGCGGUUAUAAAUAUGUGGUUUAUAAACUCCUUCAAAAUAACUUCCUCGUCGGCCAAGAAUGUCCCAUCUGCUUCGAAGAAUUUCUUGCCGAAGUAGACGAUGAAGUUCGAAUAAUGUUAGACUGUGGGUGGAAUGAUGAAUUUAAUGUAGAAGAUUUAAAACAUUUAAGAAGAGUCGCUAAGCAGGUUGACGCACUCCUUCUCUCACAUCCUGAUCUUUCACAUUUGGGUGCCUAUCCUUACGCAUACGGACAUUUUGGACUUUCGUGUCCUGUGUACGCGACAGUACCAGUAGUUCACAUGGGACGGAUGUGCAUGUAUGAUAUCUUUCAAUCAAAGACGAAUGAAGCUAAGUUUGAAACUUUUGCAUUGGAUAAUGUCGAUGCUGCAUUUGAAAAAGUGAAUACAUUAAAAUAUUCACAACCAAUGGUGUUGGGAGGGAAGUGUAAAGGCAUCACUAUCACGGCAUAUGCUGCUGGACAUACUAUAGGUGGCACAAUAUGGAAGAUCAAAAAAGAUACUGAAGAGAUUGUAUACGCUGUAGAUUAUAAUCACAAAAAAGAAAGGUUGUAUGACGGAACAGUAUUACAUAAUAAUGGGGUUGUUUUAGACGCGUUAAGUAGACCUUCUUUAAUGAUUACAGAUGCAUACAAUUCUUUAAUAAUUCAUCCUGCAAGGAAAUAUCGUGACGCUGCCUUAUUUGAUACCAUUACUAAUACAAUGAAAAACAAGGGAUCUGUCUUAUUACCCACAGAUUCAUCGGCUCGUGUUUUGGAAUUAGCAUAUCUUUUGGAUCAGCAUUGGGCAUUUUAUCAAUUUUCGUAUCCACUUAUCUUGUUAACUCACCAAAGUUAUCGAACAAUACAGUUCGCCAAGAGUAUGCUUGAAUGGAUGAGUGAUGCUAUCAAUAGACAAUUUGAUAGCAAAAGAGAAAACCCAUUUGAAUUUAGGUAUAAAGAACUUUCCAAAUAUCCAGGACCUAAAGUUGUCCUUGCAAGUAGCUCUAGUUUGGAUACAGGAUAUGCACGAGAUCUUUUACUUGAAUGGGGAACAUCAGAAUCAAACGCUCUCAUAUUGACUGAUAGGGGAUCACCUAAUUCGUUGGCAAGAAAAUUAUAUAAUGAGUGGGAUAGGCUUAGUCAGUCGAAUGAUGGGCCUGUUAAGCCUUCUGUUAAUUUAAAUUUGACAAUGGAUCUUUUGAUAAAGAAGAAGGUGCCUCUUGAAGGAACAGAAUUAUCGGAAUAUAAAUCUGAGCUUCGUAAGAAGCAAGAACGUGAAGCAGCGCAAGCAGCUUUGAUUGCAAAAAGCUUAUCAAUAAUAGAGGACGACGAAUCUGAUGAAUCUGAAUCUGAGAUAGGAGAUACAGAUAUAGAAGAGUUACUGUCCAAGCAUUUUGAUCUUUAUGUGCGUGAUGCAACAAAAUACGGAGGAUUUUUUAAACAGACUCAGAGCUAUUUAAUGUUUCCUUAUGUUGAAAAAAGAAAAAGAUAUGAUGAUUAUGGAGAAAUUAUACAAGUGGAACAGUUCGCUAGGGGAAUUGUAGAUGAAAAUGCAGGAAAUAUUGAUGUCAAUGGAGAUAAAGUUGAUAUGAGUAGUGAUAAAGAUGAAUUCGACAAAGAAGAUUCGACGAAUACUUUCCCAGAGUCAAAUGUUCCAACAAAAUAUAUAUCUUAUGAACAAGAAAUUAAAUUUCAAUGCCAAAUGAGAUUUAUCGAUUUAGAAGGAACAAAUGAUGGUAGAUCUCUCAAAACCAUUGUGCCACAGGUUCAGCCUAGGAAGUUGAUUGUAGUCCAUGCGUCACCAGAAGCAACUAAUGAUUUUGCCCAGAGUUGUCUGGCGAUAAGAUCAAUGACACGAGAUAUUUACACACCCGAUGUUGGUGAAGUUUUAAAUGUAUCAGCCGCUAUAAAUUUUUAUCAGGUUAAAUUAACCGAUGCUUUAGUUAGCUCCUUAAAACUUUCAAAGCUUGAAGAUUAUGAUAUUGCAUUUGUAAACGGAAAAAUAUCCUUUCCACCUGAUUCUUCUUUACCAGUAUUGGAUGUGGUGCCGAUAGAAGAACUAAGUUCUGGUACUCACAAUCCUGUCUUUGUUGGAGAAGUUAAGUUAACAGAAUUGAAACGUGUAUUGCAGUCAGAAGGCAUAACAGCAGAAUUUAAAGACGAAGGAGUAUUAGUGUGUAAUGAAAAAGUGGCUGUCCGAAAGACACCGAACGGGCAAUUAAUUUUGGAAGGAUCAUUAUCCGAUGAUUAUUACAAAAUCAGAUCAAUAAUAUAUGCACAACAUGCUAUUUUAUAG